UACUCCAUCGGCCCCGAAUAGAUUUGUUUUCGCUUUAAUAUGACUUUGUCGCGGCUAUUUUUAGCUUUGGCUUUUGAUCGUUGGGACCCGUUUUUCCGUGGUCCUGCAACAGUAUAAGUAUUUCAGACUUCUGUUUCAUCUUCAUCUGGUUCUAUUUGAAAAUGUUGACAUUUUUCAAGUGGAGAGUAAUCGGAGUAUGAUCCAUGGAUAUUCUGGAGUUCGCGCACGAUUUCAGAACUUCCGGUUCGUAACGGAGAUGUUGCCAUAAUCCGUUUACAGAAUGGAGUCAAAAAGCGAACUGUUUUCGGGUAACGCAGUAACCCGAAAAGCGUCUGCAGAGCAGAGUGCAGAUCCACUGGAUGACAUCAGCAGUCAAAAGUUUUCCAUAAACAUCCUCAACACGAUCUUGGUCCCGGAAGCCGAGGGAGUGUGGUGCAUGGGAUAUGUGCGGGAAGUGAAAAAGGACAGUGUUCUUGUUGACUUUCAAAGCUGCAUUAAAAAACCUUCGUGGAUUUCUUCCCGUUUGACGGUGAUUCCGCCAACAUUUCAGCGGCCUAUUGGUCCGCCCGGGAAAUCCGUCCGCAAAAUGAACGUUAAUGUGGCUGUUCGCUCAACAAGAGACCAUCCGCUGAAACUACAGCACGGUGUUCUGCUUUCGAAAUGUUCCUAUUCAGACAAUUACCUGUGCUAUGUGGACUUGGGGGUCAACGAGACGCUUGAGCGAAGAGUCGUCCACCGUUGCCAGUUGAGCUCAUAUACGGCACUACUGUCCUCCUCGGUAAACCAUUGUGGUCAGUAUGUCCGGCAUGAAAUUCCCUUUGCGGAUGCCUCAUUGAUGGUCAGUGUCAACACUGCGCGGCUGCAGCGUGCGGUCAAAUAUGCUCGGCAAGAUAGGUUGCGCGAUAAUAUAACCAAGCAGUUUGGAUAUGAAGAGAGAUUUCAUUUUCAUGUCGAGAGAGAUACGGCAGUGUUCGUCUGCCUAGAACAGUUGUCCACUUCUAAAGUCUGGACGGAUGAAGCGCUCCACGCCGUUGUAUGCAACUGCUCCCUCGAUGGGACAUUCAGAUUUUCCCUAGAACUUCCUCGUCAAAUUUUGUUACCGAGAGAAGCGUUUAUUGAAGAUGGGCUGGAAAAAGCACGCCUUGCUGUUUUUAUGCUUUCGGAAUUGCUCGUGGAAAUUUUUAUCCACUUAGAUCUUUAUAGUCAAGCUUUGGCGAAAAGGGUUUGCUGGUUAUGGAAGGAGGUGAUCAGUGGCAUCAAGACGGACCACCGGAUCAUAAACUUGAGCAGUUACCUGCCUGAAAGAGAUCCGUGGGAUAAUGAUAAAGGUUAUUAUCUUGCAAGCCUUCUAGAUCACGCAUUCACCCGGCAAACCAGAACGUUAUUGCUUGAACACUGGUCGCUAAACUGGAAAGCUCUCAAUUUGUUUUGUGAUUUAUCAUCCUUCAGAGGAGUGCGCUUCCUAGCCAUUCGUCUGGAGAACUGUAAAGUUGCUUAUGAGGUUAGCAGGCCGUGCAAGUCUUGUGAAGAAAAGCUUCUUCAUUUGGAUAAACUACUCGCUGUGAGUCGGCAUGUUAUUUUGACCAAUUAUACGAUAACGGGUGUACUGGCUGAGUUUACACUAUCCUCUGGUUCGAUACCGAAUUGGUUAAGAAAUUUCAAGAAAACCCAGUUGAAACCCGAUGCUAGAUCAUUACGGAUCCGACGUCUCCGUUUGAAUUAUGCUGCGAUGUCCCGUGAAGAAUGCUUUCGCGCUUUUCUUCGAGCAUCGGAAGCUGGCUGUCCGCAAGUACCAUCGUGGAUUCACGUUAAUAGCCUGAAAAUGUAUUAUAGUUGGGUGGAUAGUGCGACUACUGAUUCGGACUGGAGUGGAUUAAGAGAAUUAUUAUUCCCGUGGAAUACGUUUCGACUGCCCCAUGUCAAAGCCUGCAAGGAUCUCCAAAAUGCUGAUCUUGAACAGCUACAGCCAGAGCAGUUUACCAAACUGGCAUUGUACAUGCUCCAUUAUGCGAAUUACGCUUAAAAAAAGCACACAUCUUUGCACCUGUAUGUACUACGGUAACUACGAGUUACAGUUACAAGCGUUCUAAGGAACCUUUGUAUUGUUAUUUACUUGUGGUUCGUAUGUUUGGUCCGGAAACUAUACUUUGUUUGUGCUGAUUGGUGCUCACUGCUCAUCGUUUUGAUAUAUUUCACGUUAUUAACGUUGCUUCAUUCAUGCCGGAGGAAACUGUUCCUAAAUUCUGACCGUUAAGUCACGAUAAACCCGUACGU